UUUUGUGAGAAUUUUUUUAUCAACAAUGUUAAUGCUAUUUAAGUAACUUGAAUUUUACGAGUAGAAUUUGUCAGAAAUAGAAAUAUAUAUAAGAAAGAAAAUGUAAUGAUUGUUUUCUUAUUUCUUAAAGUAUAUCUUCUAUUGUGGGUUUUUAAGACUAGUUUUUUUAAAUGUUUCUAAAAGAGAGCUGAAUUACAAUUCAUUUCACCUAAAUUUUAGGAGGUAUUUAAUACAAGGGGGUUUACAGUUCUCUAAAAUACGGCAUUGUAAAUACGUUGAUGUUUGGCUUCUUUUUUAAAGCAAAAUCAUCAAAAAAUUCUUUUUCUAGAAUGAGUUUUAGGCACUAAACAAUUUUGAAAUUUGUUAAAAAAAACCAUUAAAAUGUUAUAAUUUUUGAAAAAAUUAAGCACUGCAGUAACGAGACAAAGAGAUCAAAUAAUUAGUUUUCACAAGUGAAAAGAGAUUACUUUUUAGAAGGUAUUAUUAAUUAUUCCCUGAGGUUAGUUUCUGAAAGAGAAUAUUUAGAAUUUUUUUAGAAAUGCAAAAAUGAGUAUAUCAACAAAAGAAUGAGUGUAAACAACAAUCAUUUACUCCCAAUAAUUGGGUUUACUUGACAUAAAUCGUUAGAGUGUUUUUUUCCUGCAUUUCCAUAUUCUAAAAAUAAUUUUUUUUACAGAAUUUGAAAUCUGUUAAAGUUUUCAAAAAAUGAAGAAAAAAAAAUUAAUUCUGUUGAAAAAAAAGAAGUGGAGUAUAAAUUUUUUUGAAAUAUAGAAAAUAAUUUUGAGAUUUUUAAAAUAUGUGAGUGUGUAGGAAAAAAUGUGGGGUUGUGCAGAAAGAAACACUCACAUCGCUGUGGUAGGCCCAUAAUGAUGAAAAUACAAAUCAAGGUGUUAAACGGGUCAGGCCCGUUGGCAUUAGCAUCUUCAUCGUCUUCGUAGAGUGCUCCCGAAGCUGAAAGGUGGGGUACUGUUUCUUUUCUUCUCCUCGUAGACUUGUUAGUUUCACUGUUUACAUUGUUUUGUAAUACACAAGGGCUACAACAUGUCACGUUUACUGCGAAAAUCCCUUAGGACUAAGGCCUUAUCCCUGUUUCUGCACAAACAAGUCGGAAACUCGUUCGAGUCGCAUCACACUCUGGCUUACUCAAGCUGGUUUUGGUGUCGCCAAUCAUCACAUUCCCUUCCACAGAAACCCACUCCUUGCUUCGCUUCAAAUUCGAUCCCAAGUUUCAGCUUUUCUAACGCGUUUCUCCAAAUUCGCUUUUGGGCCUCUGAGGCCGCCGCCUCUGAGGCCUCAACCUCUGAUGGGCUCACGGUCCAACAAAUUCUGGCCAAUAAUUGGAACAUUCUAGACGAAAACGAAGGCAAUUGGAAGAGUCAUGCCACCGCUAUAGCUCAAUCUAUUGAUUUGAUCAAACGCCGCUUGCAGUGGGAAAAAUUGAAGGUGAGGUUGGAUAUGUUAUCAUUCCAGCUGGGUAAGGAGGACCUUUGGGAUGAUCCGGUGCGCGCAGGUAAAAUAAGCCGAGAGCAUGGUUCGCUCCUGGGGAAAAUGAAAGAAGUAAAUGCAUUGGAACAAGAACUACUUGAGCAUAUCGACAUGAUAAAGCUUGCCCGCGAAGAGAAUGAUGCGGAUUUGGAAUUGAGUGGCGAUAAGGAGAAUAAAAGAACUAAAUUUAAGCCGGAAUCAUUAAAAGUGUUGCUUAACAUGAGAAGAGAUGCAAAAGAGAAAGAGCUAGAGGCGUUGCUUGCUGGGGAGCAAGAUUCUUGUUCUUGUUACAUUGAGGUUCAAGCUGGGGCUGGGGGUACGGAAAGUAUGGACUGGGCAUCAAUGGUCAUGCAGAUGUAUAAGUCAUGGGCACAGCGGCGUGGAUAUAAAGUAACUUUAAUGGAUGAAAUGCCUGGUGAGAUUGCAGGAAUCAAGCGAGCUACCAUUAAAGUAGAUGGUGAGUUUGCAUUUGGAUAUGCCAAAGCAGAAAUAGGGGUGCACAGGCUGGUGCGCAUAUCACCUUUUGAUAGCAAUAAGCGACGACAUACUUCAUUUGCUGCUGUGGCAGUGAUUCCAAUCCUAGGUGAUGGAUCUACCCAUGUACAGAUUAAUGAAUCUGAUCUUCGAAUCGAACGAUUUCGGGCUGGUGGUCCUGGUGGCCAGCAUGCUAACACAACUGAGAGCGCUGUAAGAAUAGUUCAUAUUCCCACAGGAGUUACUGCAACUUGUCAGAACGAAAGAUCGCAGCAUCAGAACAAGGCUUCAGCCAUGGCUGUGCUUCAGUCAAGGUUAGACCAACUGGAGAUGGCACGGCAAGCACAGUUGAAUGCACAACAUACACAGUCUCUCACUGACAUAACGUGGGGCAGUCAGAUUCGCAGUUAUGUUCUCCAUCCUUACCGUGUGGUGAAAGAUCUUAGAACUAACUAUGAGGUUUCAGACCCUGACUCCGUCCUUGAGGGCGAUCUAGACGGAUUCAUCUUGAGCUAUCUAUCAGCUUCUUUGGAUAAAGAUAAUGAUGCUUAAAUCAAUUAAAUUCUCAGCUAUGGCAGCAUUUGCAUACUCAGUGCUGAAAUGGGUAUAUAUGUUUGUGCAUUUUCAGUCUGUAAUUUUUCCGAGACCGAGGUUAAGUCCUCUGUCCUUUCGGUAACUGUCGUUCCUCAUUAAGGUUUAUCCUAGAAUGUCAGGAAGCAUAUUUGGCUUCCUAUGGUAUA